UCAUAAACGAUAGAUAGCCUAUCUUAGGAUGUGAAAACGCAUGUGUAUUCAAAAAGAAAGAGUAUAAAGAGGCACAAAAAUUUAUUAGAACGCAACUUGAAUCAGUAUGAAGUCAUACUACAUCUUAUUAAUUCUUCUUGGCCUGACGUCAGCUAAACCUACUGCAAGAAUAGUUGGAGGUAAAGAUGUUGACCGUCCUGGUAAGUAUCCGUGGCAGGGUUCUUUACAGAGUUUCAACAACUAUCAUAUAUGUGGAGCUGUGGUUAUAUCCUCAAAAUACGUUCUGAGUUCUGCUCUCUGUACCGUCAAUCAAACUCCCGCAACUAGAAAAAUAAUUCUAGGUAUGCAUGAUGAAGAUACACGACUCCUUGGAAAUCCAACAGAUUAUCUUAUUGAGAAAAUAACAAACCAUCCAAACUAUUCUCCCGGACCACCUUAUUAUUGGGGAAAUGAUAUUUCAGUUUUAACAAUUCAAGGAAUGAUAGACUUAAAUGAUCCAUAUGUUAAAGCCAUUACCAUGGCUGACGAAAACUCUCCUGAUUUUACAUCUAACGAGAACUGUAUUAUGACCGGUUGGGGCAGUUUAUAUGGUUUUGGUCCUUAUCCAAACAUUCUUCAAGAAGCAAAUUUUCAUGUUCUAACUCGAGAGGAGUGCGAAAUUUCAAGACCCGGUCAAAUUUUCGAUAACCACCUUUGCAUUGGAAAUAAAGCAACUGGCGGAAAUUCUUUCUGUACAGCAGACAAUGGAGGUCCUCUGGCCUGUCCUAUUUCGGCCGGCGAUUGGAUACUUGCUGGAAUUGCUUCAAUAGCUAAUGCAAAUUGCACCACUCAACAGGCUUCAUUGUGUGCUAGAGUGGGAAAUCCUGGUAUAAGAUCAUUUAUUCGAAAUAUAACAAGUUUAUAAAGUUAAAUAGUUUUCGUUAUUUUAUUGAAUAUGACAGAAAAUAAACUUGAUCGUAAAAACUUUUUACGCAGUCAAA